CUGCCUGGGAAUUUGGGAAGGGAGUAUCUAGAUCACAGGAUCUAUACACAAAGGAUUCUAAAUUGUUGCAGUAAAUGUACACAGGACAAAUAUGGAUGCCAAGGCUCUCAAGAAACUAGCCAUAGCUAAUUGUAAUGAGUUUGGCAGACGUUGGAAUGAGCCAAAUAAAAGUUGGGAGAAACUAGUUGAAGACUUAUAUAACACUGAUGCAGUGAUAUACCCACCAGGCAGUCCACCAAUCACUGGACUCACAAAUAUCAGCACAUUUUUUCAAGUGUUCCCAAAUAAUCUUAAGGUACACGGCAGUCUCACAAAAGUCAAAAGUGUGGGAGAAGACUCAUACUUUGGAAUAUUCAGUUUUCAAGGAACAAUUGAUGGAAAAGAAGUUGACAGAUUCUCAACUUGUGAAGAAUGGACCAAGAAGAAUGGAAUCUGGAAAUUGUCCAGUGAUUUCUGGAACAGUGAUUAUGAAAAAGUGAAUUACUAAAACU